AUGUCUCCGAAGGAAGACGUGCUUGCCAGGGGCGCUCACCACCUUGCCUUGCCUAGACGCUUCGUCGUCUCUUCGAGGCGGUCGCAAUCAGCAACCCCGUUCGUGGGUGAGCCACGCUUUGCACGCUUGAUCGAGCGGAGUGAUGCUUCAGGUCAGCACGGAUGGGUCUGGCCCACGUCGGCGGAUCGAGCGAUCGUCUUGGCAGCAUUCGAUGGCGACAAGGCGGUGGGCCAGGCCCAAAGCUUCUACGGUCGGCUUCGGUGGCGUUCCAAGGUUGGCAGGCGCGCCUCCACACCUCUCGGCGCUCGGGAUGCGGGCGGCAAUUUCUGCGUCGUGUUGGGGAAAAAUUCGCCGUUGAUUCUGGAUCUGACGCGCGUGCAAAGCCGUCAGGUGCGACCAAGCGUCCGCUAA